AUGGAGCCCGACGUUGCCAUGGCCGACGCAGACGACGACCGUUCGCAGCUUCAAUUCCGCGGCCGCUGGCUCGGCAUGCUUGCGUCGGACCCAUCAUGCCGUCCGUCCUGGACCCAGGGAGACGUGCUUGCCUUCCGCGUCUUCCUCGCCGCGAAUGGCCACUCCCGAUCGACCGUCAAAACCCUCCUCAUCCGCGACGGGCCCCUCCGGGAGCUGAGCUCUCGACUAGCCCCGCCCAUCGACGUCGGGAGCCUUGCCGGCGAGGAGUGGCUCGCCGUCAAGAAGAAGCUCGUGUCGGCUCUGGAGUAUCGGCUGGGCGAGCUGGUUGAUAAGGGCGUCGUGCGCAAGCGGUGGGAUCCGGAUCUGAAGAACGAGGUGGUUGUCUGGCCGGAUGCUGUUGUGCAGCGGUUCACUGCCGUUGCCGAGCCGAGAGUCGCCGAGCAGAGGGGAGCCUGGGAGGUGCGUGGUGACGACAACGUUGAUGCAGACGGCGACCUGGUCCUGCAGAAUGCUCCGCCCAACGAACGGGAGGGACUGGAACCGGGCCUGCCACUGGGAUCGGCACCGCGACCGGAUCAGCAGUUGGGAACACCUCCCAGACAACGCGAACGGGAUCGCCAGGUGGAUCAUCAACAAAAUCAGCAGCAGCAGCCGCAGCAUCACCAACAACAAGAACCACAACGACUGUCCUUUCUCGACAAUCCCACUCCGCCGCAGUCCCAUCCCCGCCAGCUCCCACCAGGUCCUCGAUUCCAACCCAAGCUCAUCUCCCAGACGCAAUCCAAAGCAGGUCCCACAGACAAGUCCCAACCCCAGCGUCAAUCCCGCCACCAAGCCACACCGAUGCGCGAGACCACCCCCCACCAGUCAUUCGUCUCCCCACGCACCCUCGCCCUCCGCUCGCGCCUCGCCGCCAAGGUCCAAGCACUAGACGACAACGCAGAGGCCGAGAAGCGGCGGAAGCAGAUACAAGCGGAUGAGCAGGAGGCGGCCGAGCUCGAGGUCCAGCUGCGGGCCAUCGACGUCGAGGAGGCUAGGGCCAAGCGGGAAGCCGAGCACCAACUACAACUCCGGAAAACCCAGGAGAACCGCCGCCGGCUUGAGCGGGAAGACGAAGAGCGGGAGGAGAGGGAGAUGGAGACGCAGGAAAAGGAACACCGGGAGAGGAGCCGCAGGGAGAAGGAACAGGCACAACAAGAGAAAAAUAAAACGGCCAAUCUACCACGGGGCAUAUCAGAGUCGGCACGCGCUGUUUCUCCGGUGACUGAGGAUGGCACCUGGACCGCCGAGGUGGAGGUUGCCGAGAAGUUAAUCCAGACUCCGAUGACCCCGUACAAGCCCCCGCGCUCCCCAUCCGAGGAUGGACAUGGACGCGACGAUGGAGACAAGGGCGGCGGGGUCAUUCCGGCCGGCAGAAGCAGCGGUAUUGGUGGUUCUCGCGUCGCCGAACUCAAAAACACACGCGAUGAGGACAAUCCAGACCCAGGCCACCGCCGCCAGGAUGAUGAGGAUGACAACUCCUCAGACUCCUCGGCAACUGCGGCUCAGCGAGGUACUAAGGCAGGUCUUAAUCCCGUCCCCCUCCAUCGACCCAACAUCCCCGGCCUCGCUUCGUCCAGACACGCCGUGCAUCCAGUCAACCUGCUAGAUCAACAGCAGCAGGAGCCAUCGCCUCGACCAGUGGUGACAAAGCCCUCGGCCCUCCACCAACUCACUGUUGAUGAUGUGGACAAUACCCUUCUUACCGGUGACAAUCUGGGGUCUCCGUUCGAUCCGCGGCCGGGUUUGGGAGUUCUGGAGGAAGUCCAGCAGCAGCACUUCCCCGGCAACCGUCCAGGGCCUGCUCCACUCCAUCACCGCGGGACCGGAAUCGGAGUGGGGGCCAGCACUACCGGUGGAAUGUCCAGUAUCACCGAGGAAGAACCCGGACCACGCUUCCGUCUACCCCAACCACCACCGCAGCAGCAGCAAACCCCCUUCCGCCCCCGCAUGGCAAACACGCCCGCCUCCCCAAGACAGGAGACAAAUCCCAGGGAUAGAAAUACCGUCCCCGUCUUCAAAACCCACCUCCACUCCCUCGCCACCCUAACCUCUGCCCUCGCCGAGGCGAAGAUGGCCGAGAUAUCCGCCUCGUUCGACCUCUGCCUUGCUGCGUUUGAUGGGAGGAGGGCUAGGGCUGCUGCGGAGCGGAGGAGGGGGAGGGCUGCUGGGGGUGACGGCAACAGCAACAGCAACAGCAACAACGGCAGGAACAACCCCGCCAGAGACAGGAAGACCACCACCCCCCAACACCCCACCCCAAGGACAUCAAGACAAGCCGUCAAGUCCUCUAUCACAAACCUCAAUCAAGCUCUCGCCAAAAAACAGCAGCUGUGGCGGGAUGUCGGAGAGGAGGCAAGCGCGGUACGGGUUGCGCUGCUGGGAGGGGACGGGAAUGCGGAUGAUAGAGAUGGCCGUGUGCGGCAUUUGAUGGUUCUGCUUGGGCUUGGUAGUGGGGGGGAUGGGAUUGGGGGGGCAAGGUUGGGGUUGUUGUGA